GUUCUUGAAGAACACACGUGUUUCAACAACUGUCUGAAUCGAUGACCUCUGCUGCAGGUACUGAAGAUGCUGGUGAUCGUGGUGGUGAUGUUCAUCAUCUGCUGGCUGCCCUUCCAGCUGUACUACGUGCUGCAGUCCAUCUUCCCUGUCAUCAGCCAGUUCCGGUACAUAAAUGUGAUAUUCUUCUGCUCACAUUGGCUCGCCAUGGCAAACAGCUGCUGCAAUCCUUUCAUCUAUGGCAUCUACAAUGAGAAGUUUAAGCGCGAGUUUAAGAGCAAAUUCCAGCGAAGCGCUUGCCACGAAGCACGUGACUCGUUCGAUCACGACGACGCCUCAGAAGAGCUCAGGUCACGCUUCUCGAGGUCACUGAAGGGCAAACUCUGGGCGGGUUCCUCCACGAAGUCGACCCUGGACCGCGGUGUCUCCGUACCGCUGAAGGAGCUGGAGCCGCUGUCCGGCCGCCCCCCGGCCGAUGCCAAUGGACCCGUCUGAUGUCGGGUCACGCCGCCAGGGGCGGCUCCAGGUCGGCGGCCGCGGCCGGUCGGCCGCCGGCGGACGGUGACCU